AUGCAACCACCACUUCCCGAAACUCUCCUGUCCUCGUUCAAGAGAUACCAAAAUGACAAUAUCCUUCCAACAGGUGUCGUUCAUCCCUUUGAGAAUGCGGCCUCUGAAUCCUCCGUACUUGUUGAAGAUUUAAUCAAGGCAACGUCCAGCCUUUCAACAGCGCUUCACGCUUACUCGUCCAUACCGUGGUCCAACCCAAAACUCGUUUCGUUGCUACGCCAGAAUGCUUCAAUCGCCCACACACUUCAUCUUUCUGACAAAAGUGGUCAGCAGUUUAUUGCUGCUCUCCGCGAGCGUUCUGGAGUCACAUAUGGCGAAAGCAUUCCGUUAGACCCCGCCCUCGUGCCUGAAUGGUGCAUCUCUAGGCUUGAAUACUGGGGUGCCUCUGUGGGAAUGGAGACUUUCAAGGAUGAUAGUCGCGAAGGAGACGUGAUCGCAAUCGUUCUCGGCGGCAAGGUCGUCGUAGUCGAUAUUGAUUUUGCUUUCGACCGCGAGAACUCCCUCAAACCAAUCAUCAAGGUCCUCAAUGUCAAAACCUCGUAUGCCAUUGCGAGCAACGGAUCCUCGCACAACGACCCUCGUUCCGUUUCUUUGGAUACAUGUUUGGCUCAGAGCAUCCAGAACUUUUGCAUCGAGGUGCAGCGAGAUGAAAAUGUCCGGAGUCCUCUAGAAGCCGCGAGACUCGGUAAGAAUGUGCUUGAACAGCUAAAAUAUCUGGUAGUGCUCGACACAUUGGCGCAAACCGGGGGUAUCAAGUGGUUCGUUGACAUGCAUGAACUUGGUCAUGUCUUGGAGGAGUUUGCUAGAAGUGAAGCAAAUUCGGUCGCAUCAUCUCUCCCCGUUGCUCAAGCACCACUUGACAUUUUCCUCCUUCGAUCACAUUCGCUACCUCUGCCAUACACCAUUUCUCCUUCAAUUUCGUUUUUGACCUAUCUCUCUCCAGAAGCGUAUCUGUCACUUUUUCGUGAAGCACCGUCAAAGGCCGUUGACGACCAUGCUUCCUAUCUUGACAUAUCCCUCCCUCACCUUCGCUCGAAUUUGGCUAACGGGACUAAGGGGGCUACAAUUGCAACCCUCCUUAUCGAGACUUUUCCUGAGGGACACCUAUCGCAAAGAUCUAUGCCAAUACCAGGUUUGACGGAGAGACCUACAUUUCACCUCGGUUCGAACAGGCCCACCGCAGAACACGCAUUCCCGCGCCCGGCGGAUGAGGUUUCACAGCUUCAUGUAUGGAUGCUAGAUUUUACACAAGGGGGAAAGUACCCUGGCAUUGUUAUGAGCCAAUCAAGGAUGGGAGAGAUCGAGCUUAUUGUUAACCCUCUGAGCGGCAUGGAGGGCAAUAGUCAUAUGCUGUCUUUCAGGACUGGAAGUUGGGUCGAUCUCCUGCUGAAUCCUGGGACGCUCGAGUCUUCAGAGACUUACACUUCCGUUUAUACGUCACCGACAGGUCUGCAUCCACCGCUUCACCUUAGACUGACUGCUCCUGAAGAACCGGGGUUUCUGCUCCAGCAAGUUCCUGUUCAGAACAUGAGGGAGGUUUGGGGAAUAUUAGAAGUCGUCCGUGAGCAAUGCUGGUUGAACGGGGUUCUAUCAGGUUGCGAUUGGAGCUUUGACAAACUAGAGUCGGGUCUAGGAGAUGGGGUAAUGACGACCGAAGUUAAAGAAGAGGAGUUGCAAGCUAUUUUGACCGGGACAUAUCCGACCCAUCGGAUACCCGUCAAUGUAUCUCUGACCGGUUCCUCAGUCGAUCCCAUUUUUGGGGAAAGUGACCUGGACCCUAUGUCCAUGUCGGCGCCUCGUCGCCCAAAGAUCACCAUGUCAUUUCCGGAACGACCUCCAAUGUCUGGGCUCGUGGAAAUUACUGUCGCAUUUGAUGAAAGUAAACCCAGAGGGGUCGCCGUCGAGGUCCGAGGCGCGAUGGGAGCUGACAUCAAGUUGGAUGUUUUGGAGGAGAUCUCACGCCGAGGAGGAACUUUGGGUCUCUGUGGAAGGGUCUGGAUAAAGUAG